AUGUCUCCUGAAGAUGGGAAGCUCUAUGAUGCCUACAUCUCUUACACCAGCUCUCCAGAAGACAGGAAGUUUGUGAACUUCAUCCUAAAACCACAGCUGGAGAAUCAGCAUGGCUACAAGCUUCUCCUGGAUGACAGAGAUGUUCUCCCCAACUCAGAGCCCUCCGCAGAUCUGAUAAUGAACCUCAGCCGAUGUCGGCGCCUUAUUGUGGUUCUCUCAGACACUUUCCUGGGCCAGGCCUGGUGCAGACACAAUUUCAGGGAAGGCCUAUGGAGGCUCCUUGAAUUGUCCCGAAGGCCAAUCUUCAUCACAUUUGAGGGUCAGACCCGCAAUCCUUUACACCCUGCUCUCCACCUGCUUCGGCAGCACCGACAUGUUGUGACCCUGCUUCUGUGGAGGCCAGGCUCUGUGACUCCCUCCUCCGAUUUUUGGAAGGAACUACGUCUAGCCCUGCCAUGAAAGGUGCACUAUAGGGCCCUGGUGAGUGACCCCCAGACUCAGCUACAGGAGGACAAGGAUCCCAUGUUGACCCUCCACGGUGGCUUCCUGGAGGGCCGGCCUGGUCCAGACCCGGACCCUGACCCUGACCCCGAAGGAGACUUGGGUGUCAGGGGACCCAUCUUUAAAGACCUCCCCCCUCCAUGCAUGAGCCCAAUCCCUGAGCUGCCAAGACUUAAGCCUUCUGGUGGGGAAACCCAGCGGAAUGACAUCAAUGUCUCUGACCUGGGAUCUCGCAACUAUGGGGCCCGGACUGACUUUUACUGCCUGGUCACUGAAGAUGACAUGUAG